AUGGCCAGAGCACAGGACCUGAGAUGCGAAACAUGGAAAUGCAAUUUGCAUUCUGUAUUUUCGUUUUGUUGGAUUUUUGUGGUGUUUCCAAAAUAUCGACUCAGAUUUUUGUUAAAAAUAUCAUCUUCCAAAUCUUAUUCAUCAUUUCAACUGGAGAAAGUUCCUGACUUGGAUGCCGGAAAUGCCCUUUUCUGGGAACCUCCUCUUGACAUAUUGUCUGAAUCAAGAAUUAGUUCAGGGCUAAAAGUUUGCGAAAUCUCCAUUCCUUCACAAUCGACUACAUGCACAACAACACCCCUGAAAUUUAAACCGGAUGAACUUUUUGGAUCGGCAUCACUGAUUCCAUUCCGACGAGAGCAUCUGGAUGCCGUUCCUACAUCUUCAGAGAGAUUAAGAAAGCAAUAA